GACAUCCCCAUCUGAUACCUGCUAUAAACAGAUCGACUGCGCAAGCUCUCCGACGCUUUUCGGCUGCACUACCAUUCGCGGCGGAACGAGAGCUCGUCUCUUCUCCAUCUCAGGAACAGGUAUAGGAAGCAAUAAAGAGGGGAGAGAGAAGAAGAAUGGCCGCCUCCUUCGAUCUUGCUACCUUCUACCAAGUCUGGCCUUCCUCUCCCUUCCCCUCCCGGCCUUUCUCCAGGCCCUUCACAUCUUCGCUCGCAUGCCGCGCCACCGCCUCCCCGUCCUCCACCGUCGUGCUCCCCACCGGCGAUGGGGACGCUCUUUCGCCGGAUCGUACCGUGGUCCGCCUCGGCCUCCCUAGCAAGGGCCGCAUGGCUGAUGAAACCCUAAGCCUCCUCAAGAAUUGCCAGCUCUCUGUCAGGCAGGUGAAUCCGCGGCAGUAUGUUGCAGACAUUCCGCAGCUUUCAAACUUGGAGGUCUGGUUUCAGCGUCCCAAAGAUAUAGUUCGCAAAUUAUGGUCAGGGGACUUAGACAUUGGUAUUGUGGGUUUUGACACUGUCAGCGAAUAUGGACAGGGAAAUGAGGAUUUAAUCGUGGUUCAUGAUGCCCUCGAGUAUGGAGCCUGUCGUUUAUCACUUGCAAUUCCCAAGUAUGGAAUUUUUGAAAGUAUAAAUUCCCUGCAUGAAUUAGCAGAAAUGCCUCAGUGGACAAAGGAAAGGCCUUUACGUAUCGUGACUGGGUUUUCACAUCUGGGCCCGAAAUUUUUGAAAGAGAAAGGUCUGGAGCAUGUCAGUUUCUCAACUGCUGAUGGAGCACUUGAGGCAGCCCCUGCGAUGGGCAUAGCUGAUGCUAUUAUUGAUCUUGUGAGUAGUGGAAUGACCUUGCGUGAAAAUGAUCUGAAAGAAAUUGAAGGUGGGGUUGUUUUAGAAAGCCAAGCCGUUCUUGUUGCUAGCAGGAGAUCCUUAAACACUCGGCAAGAUGUGUUAGAGAUUACUCAUGAGAUUCUUGAAAGACUAGAGGCACACCUGAGGGCAACUGGGCAAGUUACGGUGGUUGCAAACAUGAGGGGAAAGAGUGCAGAAGAAGUGGCAGAGAGAAUUCUUAGCCAGACAUCUUUAUCUGGGUUGCAGGGGCCGACUAUAAGUCCAGUGUAUUGUAAACGUGAUGGCAAGAUUGUUGUGGACUACUAUGCACUUGUCAUAUGUGUGCCCCAAAAAGCACUUUAUAAGUCUGUCAAGCAACUGAGAUCUAUUGGUGGCAGUGGAGUCUUGGUGUCUGACUUGACCUACAUUUUCGAGGAAGAGACUCCCAGAUGGCGCAAACUUCUUUCGCAACUUGGAUUAUGACCUUUUAAGCACCAAUAGCUCUCAAUGUUCAUUAUUAGUUUUUUUGUAGUGGUAAUGGUCGUCAGAGUUCUGAUCAGACAUUGAGCUAGGUAAUGCUAUUCGUGGCUUAUGAGCUUAUUGGAGCUGAUAAAUCUUUGAUACAAGAGAGAUUGCUCUGCUGUUCACUGAUAAGGGCCCCUAGCUCAGACCCAUCAGUGUUUGACAAGAACAGCAAGUGAAAAUGUAUGAUUAUUAUGCAAGGGUAGUGUCCAUUAGUUUAUUAGUAGUCAGUUCUGGUUCCUUGUAUCAUUUGCAUAACAGGAAAGUAUUACUAUCUUGUUUAUGCAGUUAUUUUUUUUUUAUUUAUUGUAGCUGGUCGAUGUUUGUUGCAUGGAAUAAUUUUGUUGUAAUUUUGGUUAAUAGUGGUCCGAUAUGAUGUGCUUUUAAUCGGUUUAAGAAAGCGUAGUUUCGUUCACA